AUGGUAUCCACCUUCGGGUGGGCGGAGAUCCUGGCUGAAGCCCUUGCUGAUCGCGAGCAAGGGCGGCCCCACUCGCGGGCCAAUGCCCGCCUCCUCGCGCACACGUUUGAGCGCGUCUUCCGGUGGCGGCGAUUUCACCAAGCCCGUGGCCAGGUUCCGGAAUUCACCUCUUCUCAGAGCACGGACUUCGCGGAUCUUACUGCAUGGUGCGAUGUGGAAGCGCGCACCGAGAAUCUCCUCAUUCUGUGA